AUGAGGCGGAACAGCGGCAGUCACGUGAUACGUCACACACGGGGGGUCAUCCAGUGUUUCCUCGAACAUACCUAAUAAUAAUGCCUACCACACAGCAGUCGCCCCAGGAUGAGCAGGAGAAGCUGUUGGAUGAAGCUGUGCAGGCAGUCAAGGUUCAGUCUUUUCAAAUGAAGCGCUGUCUGGACAAGAACAAGCUGAUGGAUGCACUGAAACAUGCCUCAAAUAUGUUGGGGGAGUUGAGGACUUCUAUGCUUUCUCCCAAGAGCUACUACGAACUCUACAUGGCCAUCUCUGAUGAGCUGCAUUACCUGGAGGUCUAUUUGACAGAUGAGUUUGCCAAAGGCCGCAAGGUUUCGGACCUCUAUGAGCUUGUUCAGUACGCUGGGAACAUCAUCCCUAGACUGUACCUAUUGAUAACUGUCGGAGUGGUGUACAUUCGCUCUUUCCCCCAAUCCCGCAAAGACAUACUAAAGGACCUGGUGGAAAUGUGCCGUGGUGUGCAGCAUCCACUCCGGGGCUUGUUCCUCAGGAACUACCUGCUGCAGUGUACACGCAACAUCCUGCCUGAUGAUGGAGAGCAGGCUGAGGAAGAGAUGACCGGGGACAUUAAUGACUCCAUUGACUUUGUACUGCUGAAUUUUGCCGAGAUGAAUAAAUUGUGGGUGCGAAUGCAGCAUCAGGGACACAGUAGGGACCGAGAAAAGAGAGAGAAGGAGAGGCAAGAGCUGCGUAUCCUUGUAGGGACCAAUCUGGUCCGAUUGAGCCAACUGGAAGGCGUCAAUGUGGAAAAGUACAAACAGAUCGUGUUGUCUGGGAUCUUAGAGCAGGUGGUGAACUGUAGAGACUCUCUAGCACAGGAAUACCUCAUGGAGUGCAUCAUACAGGUCUUUCCGGAUGAGUUCCACCUGCAGACGCUGAACCCGUUCCUGCGCUCCUGUGCUGAUUUGUGCCAAAACGUGAACGUCAAGAACAUCAUCAUUGCCCUUAUUGACAGAUUGGCCUUGUUUGCUCACAGAGAAGAUGGACCUGGGAUCCCUGCUGAAAUCAAGCUAUUUGAUAUUUUCUCUCAGCAAGUCGCAACCGUCAUACAGUCUCGUCAGGAUAUGCCAUCUGAAGAUGUUGUUUCGCUCCAAGUGUCUCUCAUCAAUCUGGCCAUAAAGUGCUAUCCUGAGCGUGUGGACUAUGUGGAUAAAGUGUUGGGAAGUACUGUGGAGAUUUUCAACAAGCUCAACCUGGAGCACAUUUCCACCAGCAGUGCAGUGUCAAAGGAGUUGACCAGGCUGCUAAAGAUUCCCGUGGACACUUACAAUAACAUCCUCACCGUGCUCCAGCUCAAGCAUUUUCCACCACUGUUCGAGUACUUCGAUUAUGAGUCACGCAAAAGUAUGAGCUGCUACGUACUGAGCAACAUUCUGGACUACAACACCACCAUAGUGGCCCAAGAUCAGGUUGACGCGAUCCUGAACCUGGUGUCUACACUGAUCCAGGACCAGCCAGAUCAGCCUGCUGAGGAUCCUGACCCAGAGGACUUUGCAGAGGAACAGAGCCUAGUGGGCCGCUUCAUUCAUCUGCUACAUUCAGACGACCCUGACCAGCAGUAUCUGAUUUUAAACACUGCCAGGAAACACUUUGGCGCUGGGGGGAACCAGAGAAUUCGUCACACUCUUCCCCCGCUGGUGUUCGCCGCUUAUCAACUGGCCUUCCGUUACAAAGAGAACUCCUCCUUGGAUGAUAAAUGGGAAAAGAAAUGUCAGAAGCUUUUCUCAUUCGCCCAUCAGACCAUCAGUGCUCUGAUCAAAGCAGAGCUGGCAGAAUUACCCCUGAGGCUCUUCCUCCAGGGGGCUCUGGCGGCUGGAGAGAUUGGCUUUGAAAACCAUGAAACCGUUGCGUACGAGUUUAUGUCUCAGGCGUUCUCCCUGUAUGAAGAUGAGAUAAGCGAUUCCAAGGCUCAGCUGGCCGCCAUUACGCUGAUCAUUGGCACGUUCGAGCGCACGCGGUGCUUUAGCGAAGAGAACCAUGAGCCCCUGCAUACCCAGUGUGCACUGGCUGCCUCCAAACUGCUGAAGAAACCCGACCAGUGCCGUGCGGUCAGCAUUUGUGCCCACCUUUUCUGGUCAGGACGCAACACUGAAAAGAGUGGAGAAGAGAUCCGUGAUGGGCGGAGGGUGAUGGAGUGCUUGAAGAAGGCUCUGAAGAUCGCGAACCAGUGCAUGGACCCGUCCUUACAAGUUCAGCUCUUCAUCGAGAUCCUCAACAGAUACAUCUGCUUCUAUGAGCGAGAGAAUGAUGCGGUGACGGUCCAAGUCCUGAAUCAGCUGAUCCAGAAGAUCCGCGAGGAUCUCCCGAACCUGGAGGCCAGCGAGGAGACGGAGCAGAUUAACAAACACUUCCACAACACACUGGAGCACCUGCGUCUGCAGAGAGAGUCGCCCGAGUCUGAGGGACCUGCUUACGAGGGGCUGGUGCUGUAGGAGCCUCAUGCAUUUACAUUUAUAUUUGUGUACACACGCAUAGAGAGAUAUAUGUAUAUGCCCACACGUGCACACCAGGGUAUUCCAGCCAGAGGAAAAA